AGUGAUCAAAUGUCUAUACCUGAAUUGACUGGCCUGACCCCUGUCGGGUCGGGCUCUGGCGCCCCCUGCUGCCCAUUGUGACGCGGGCCACCGGACCGCCCAGGCGGCGGAGGCCGGGCAGAGAGCUGGAGCCAUGGCUGAGCCGCAGGAGCAGCUGCUGCAGCUGCAGAAGGACAACCGCGAUGGCCGACUGCGGAAGCAGGAGCUGGAGGAGCUGGUGCGUGGGCUGGAGGCCGAGAGCGAGAGCCUCACCGGGCGCCUGGACGAGCUGCGCGAGCGGGAGCGCAGCCUGCAGCGGAGACGAAGCCAAGCGUCGCGGGCUAUGCGAGGGGAGGCGCGCGAGGCGGCGCGGGAGCGCGCGGAGCGGGCUCGUGGGCUGCUGGAGGCGGCGGAGCAGCACCGGCUGGACCUGGAGCAACACAAUCGGAAGCUGCAGGAACAGUGGGAGGAGCUGUCCAGCCAGGUACGUACAGAGGGUCUCAGGUCACGUCCUCGCCCCCAAGUCCCGUAAGCCAGGCACUCACACGCUCCGUUCCCAGCUUUUCUACUAUGGAGGAGAACAGCUGAGUCAACAGCGAGCAGAUCAGCAACUGGGGACUCAGCUUCUGGCACUGCAGAAGCACCUGGAGCUGGCAGAGGCCAAAUUCACCAUGCAGGCAGAGGGCCUGCGGCAGAGCGCGCAGCGUACGGAAGAGGCCUGGGCCAGCUUCCAGGAGCAGAGUGGAGUCCUGCAGGAGCUGCAGGGGAAGGUGAUGGAGGCCGCGGCUGCGCUGGAUGCUACGCGAGGAGGUGGCUCGGAACCGUGGAACUUGCAGCCUCGUCCGGUGCAGGACUGCGCGGGCUCACUCAUGGAGGAGGUGGCCAGGGCUGACUGUGAAAAGCGGCUGUUCCGCGGUGCGGGCGCGGGGAGCAUCAGGCUAUGGGCGCUGAGCGCACUGCAGACGCUGUUGCUGCUCCCGCUGGGCUUCCUGGCGCUGCCGCUGCUCUACGUGGCGCUGGCAAAGCCCGACACCGUGGGCCCGGGGCUGUCCAGUAGUCUUGGCUCGGACGCGGUCUUCCGGCGGCUGCGCUACACGCUGUCGCCUUUGCUUGAAUUGCGCCCACGCGGACUGCUGCCAGCCUAGAGCGAGCAUCACGCGGGCUUCGGCCGCCUACACCUCUGUCUCCUUUGUGGUUUCUGGGGUGCCUGCCUGUGUGAAAGGGGCGGGGGGGGGAGCUCGUGUGUUCCUAUGGCCCAGCGACCCCUUGUCACCUGGGCGCGGGGGUACCUGUCCGCAGUGGAGCUGCUCGGGUGCCCAGGCUGUCCUUCCUCACAGCCCUCGCUGCCAAGCGCCAGCCUGAUCCCCUAGGGAGCCGUUUGCUACUGUGAGCCUGAACUUUGGGCAGGAUGGAUGGUGGCCUGUCAGGUCCCCUCCGUGUGUGUGGAUUAUUUUCCCGGGAUGCGCAGUUAUCCCAAAUCCCCCCAACAUUGGGGUUCCCUCUGGGCAGGUUCGAGUUCGUCAAACCCAAACUUCCUCACAGCAUCUAAGCUCACUGAUGGUGCUGGUAUAGGAGGGAUGUCCUGCUUAGCGGAGACGAAUCUGGGUUGAACUUUGACCCUAGGCAUAUAAGCUUCAAACUACUUGUUUGGAGGUGGGGUCUAUGCCUCCACAUAGCGAGUGUGUGGAUUGCAGCCAUGAGCCAGCCACCAGGUGUCCUUUAUUCUGUCCUGGGGACCGGACUAAGCAUUUGUGAGAGCUGAGCUAUCACCAUGGCGUUUAAAUAAACACCUUUUCUGAUAA